UUUAUGCCUUUCGCAUAAACAAGUAUAAUUUUACAAUUUCCAUACAUAAAAUGCUAAGCUGAAUUCUAAUUUUCCUUUGCCGUUUGAGAACUGGGUGUGAGUGUGUGCUCUUGUUAAAUAAACUUUUGCAUAAACUCCCGUAAGGGAAAUGUCAUAUUGAUCCGUAUACGGUUUGAAAGUGUAACAAUUUUAGUGGAAAUUGAGAACGAAUAAAAACGUCACCUGUCGCAAUUUUACAAUGAUUUUAAAGUUCGAUAUAGUCGGUAGUGUAAUAUAACACUUUGAUUGAACCGGAAAAGGACUCAUGGAUGUUGUUGUGACGUCAGUGUAUCUACAAAACGGAUGAACACUCCGUGAGUGCACACACAGAACUAUGUUUACACUAAUCAACGUAAUGAUUUUGUUCCAUUGCUUUCGUGAAUGUUUACUGGAAAAUUUAACAGCCCUCACCACCACCAGCACUGAUUUGCAAUGUUUGAACGAGUUACCGCUUCAUCAAUUACUAAAAAUUAAGAAAUCACUGCAAACUAUGUCGGAUAUGGUGAGUGACGGUGGCAACAGCAACACCACUUCCAGCUACAGUGAUCGAAUUGGAAAAGGGAAUGCAAUUGAUUUGUCCGACGGAUAUUUGUACGAUGCGGUACUGAAUGACAGCGCUAAUGCACUUCCGUUGAUGGGCGAUCAAUUGAAAGAAAAAGUGGGUUAUGAAGAGACUUGGGUGGAGGAGAAACCUGGCAAAAUUCAGAAAAUAUUUCAGUUGAGUGUUACGGCGCUGGCAUUUCUGGCAUUCGGUGGUUAUUUGCUGUGUAUGAUUGUUCAAGCAAUCAAGAGUAAAGGUACGACGUACUUUCAUUCAAACGCCUCCAUGCCAAUGAUGGUGGCUACAAGCGGUAAAAUUACCGCUGCGAAGGGCAGCUAUUAUAGGAAACGAAAACGCCCUUUACGUACAAAGCGUCAAGCAUCAUACAAUGACACAAACUUUCCCGACGACAAAUCAGCCGGUCCCAGCCCAGACGACAUGUACAGAAUUUUAGUAAUGGCAGCCGAAGGCUAUGUAAAAUUGAAUGAAUAAAUUUGUCGAUGAAAAUA